CUGGAAGAAAACGCUCAAAUUUGGAAUUUCGAGACCGUGUUCACUCUUUGACUUGUUUACAACCGAGCAGUACUGUAAUGGCUCCAACAGAAGCGUUUCAUGAUUUAGAAUUUGCUAUGUUAGAAAGAAAUGAAGGAAAGGUUGUUUCUUCAAUCGAAGCUCUACAAAAAGAUAGUAUUCACUCAGGUGAGUAAUGCUUGAAAACAUAUGUUUUUGUUCUGCUCACGUUUGGGACGUUCCAGUUAUAAUAUUCCGAUCCCCAUAACUAGUAGUAAUAUAGUGGUUACCGGAUCGUAUCUUUUUGUUUUGAUAAUUUAUGACCUUUCCAGAAUGUCUGUUUACAUGUAAAAAACUAUCACUUCUGCAGCUGUUUGCCUUACCACAACUUUUCUGAGCAAAUUCUCAAGUCUAAAUACUGCUGUACAUGAAGUAAAUUACAGGUAAACAGAAUUUUAAUCACUUGACCUAUCUUAUAGAUAUAUUAGAAGAACUGAAGGCCACAGUUAUUUGCCUGUGCAGUAGAGACUAUGUAGCAGCAUUACAGUUAAAAACAUCCCAACAGAUAUUAAAUACAGUGUGUACAGCUGCAGGUCAGUUUAUGAUUGUUACAAAUUUUGAUAAAUGCAAAGACCUCAGGUGGGUGACUGUUGUUGCCCACAUUGGGCGAUUCCAGAAAAUAUCCAUACCAUACCACGGACGGCUUUAAGGAUUUCCGAAGGGGAGGGGGGAUUCACGAUUAUGGAAUUCUGAAGGCAUGGGGGGGUAUUUACGAUUUGAAAUCCGAAGGUAUGGGGGAAUUCCACAGGUGGGAUUUCUGGAGUAGAAAGUGUAGAGUAAGUUCCUGGAAAACGCUAUUGUUGUGGACUUUUGUAGUUCAGAAUAAACCACGAACGUAUGACCGCGGAAGCAGAAGACAAGCAUCGAUAGAUCAGACACGUUUUACGCUCAUAACUUAUAGAAGUGAACAGUAAAACGUUGGUUUCACAUUUACCUUGAUGAAUUUCUUGUCACGUGAAUAAAAACUGAAAAUGUAUCUUUUAAUACCGCUUGCAAAUUUCUUGUUACUCCCGUCCGAAACCGUCCGAUAAACAGUAAAAAACUCGCACCAGUCCCUCACUUCCAAGGAACGCCUGUCAGAUUAGAACGCUUUUUGCGGCGCACUACAUGACGUAUAAAAUGACGCAACACGACUCGACGGUAUAUUUGACCGCCAAAAGAUUUUAACAGUCUGUUUGAGCUAUUUUCCUUUGUAAACGUCAAAACAGCACAAGAAAACAAAGAGGAGUAAAAUUACCUUAAGUGGUGUUUAUUUUUAUAGCCAAAUUCGGACUUAAAAAGGAGUUUGCACGGCCUGGCAACUAGCGUAGGUUUUUCUUGUCACUGAAGAGUAAAGCUUGUCACCUGGCGCCGCUAGAUCACAGCCUUGAGGAGGCAUAAAUUCAUGUUCGUUUGUUCUUAUAGGCGUUGCUAAGUCGAAAAUGUACUUCCAAAAAGACCGGAAAUUCUGAAGGGGAGGGGGGGUUCACGACUAUGGAAUUCUGAGGGCAUGGGGGGUUAGCGCAUUUUGGAAUUUCUGAAGGCAAGGGGGGGUUAAAACAUGGAAGCCGUCCGUGGUUGGGUAUGGAUAUUUUCUGGAAUUGCCCAUUAACUGGAUGGAGAGGGUUGGGUAUCCUGUGCCGGGAUUGAAGGCUUCCACGUGAAAGGGGUGGUAAUGCUUGUUGUCUUGCACAUGUUAUAAACGGAGUAUGCAAAAUUAAUUUCGUCUCACUUUGGGUGUUCAGGCCAGGAUGCCAAUAUUUUUUCCCCUGCAGUUAUCAAUCAGGGCAACAUGUAAAGGGAAUAAACAAAUUUAAAAAAAAUGAGAGAGAGACAGAAAGAGGGAAAACAUUUAAUGAAAUAUCUUCAUGUCUAUAGUUCAUAUUAUUUGCAGGGUGCAAAGAAAAUCAUUUUUACAGCUUGCCAUUCGGGAAAGCUGAAGCUAGCAUUUACUAGCCCAGAUGUCAUUUCAACAAGCCCCAAAAACGUUUUGACUAGCAGAAUUGAUUUCACAGUUCUUCUGUUAUUUGAAUUCCUAAAAAAACAUCACUUGCCUGUCGGGGAAAGUUAGAAACAGAAUUCACUAGCCCAAUAACAAAAUCCACUAGCCCCAGGCUGUUGGACACUACUUUCUUUGCACGCUGUAUUUGGUUGUCUGUUUUCCAGCUAGAAUCCCCACCCCGUUUAAAUAAUUUAGUGUAGAGUCCUUCCUUGGGACUGAUUGUAUGACUUUGUUGAAGGAGGAGGUUGGGCUUUAGAUAUUAAAUUUUCUGUCCAAUUUUUAUUUCAGAUGUUGAUCAAAUAAUUAACGAAAUUUCUUUGUUGUUAAAACGUCAGGAGAGUACUGAAGUACAACUCAGGUAAGUGUACUUGUACAAAACACAUGCACAGCAUGAGACAAGAUAAAGGAAAUAAUAAUUAUUGAUUCAUUUAUCACUGUGUUUGGCUUAACUGGUAGCUAAUUCUUACUUUCUUAUAGUUACUUCUAUACAGUAUACUGUAGGUAGAGAGAGUUCUGAUUUGAGGAAUAAUUGUUUAAAUGAAAAUAAUUUCACGUUUUUGUGCUGUAGACAUGUCCUGAUUCUUUUCGUCGGAGUUGCUUGCUUGGAACUCUUUAUUCAGUGUAACUGGACAGGUCCUAAGCCUAAUUUGGAUCCUGUUCUUGCUAACAAUGGGCAAGCUAACCAGCAAUUACUGGCAACACUGAGUCAAGAUGGGCAGGUGUGUAUACCAUGACAAUUCCUAAAACUCAGACCAGAUCAACACCUGCAUUCCUAACCCUAUUUUUUGGGAGUGUUGAUCUGAGAAAUUUUGAACCUGCUUUUCCUCUCUUACUAAACAGAAGGGUUUUUAUGGUCGAAUGGUAUGCUAUCAGGAUAAAGAAAGGGCAUGAUCUAAAAUUGUCCCCUUUUUGGUUUACAAGCAUACAAAGUGUAAAGUGGAAGGACAAAUUGUCAGUCUAGCAGAGGGAACUGAAGUUUUUUGGGUCUAUUAUAGGCAGUUUAAUUUCAGGCUCAAGUGAAGUCACUGUAGACAUUUUUGUUUUUUUCUGACUUUUCAUACUACUAAUUGACAACAAUAAAACUGCAGAUAAAGUCUGAUCAAUACAAUACUGGUUAUUCCUUCUGCAAUUUAUUAAUUUUUUAAACAACAAUUUUUGUUGCAGCCAAUUACUAAUCCUCUGAUGGAUGGUCAAUUGUUUCUUCUUGUUGCAAAAGUUAUAUUAGUUGAAUUUCAGGAAAACUUUACCGAAUGUCAGGUAAAAUUAUUAACAAUCUAAAGUGUAUAAACUUGUUUUGACCAGGUCUAAGAAAACUGCCGAUACUUUGUGACACCACCAAUGGUUUCACCAUGCAAUGACAUCUCACAAACAAGUGCAGAAAUUCCACUUUGGUGACGUGUCACUUACCUGAUCUGAGUACUGACACGACAUUGGUAUGGAGUUUCUGCACUUAAUUUGUUUCUCAGAAGUCAUAUUUUUGCAGGGAAACCAUUGGUGGCAUUGCAAAAUGUCAGCUGUUUUCUAAGCUAAUGUUAAUUAACCUUAUAUAAAUGAUAAAAUCAAACAUCUUUAAGUUUUCAGUUUAAUUUCAGUCACCCCUUUUUUGUUUCUGUCAGAGUACCCAUUUUGCAGUUUACACUUGUUUAUAGAAGUAAGAUGCAAACAAAAUUGAAGAGGUCAAAUUAUUUUCCUCAUCCUUUCCUUUGCAGACUGCUUGCCUCUGGACCUUGCGAUGUCUAGCAGUUCUUAGACAGCUCUCAGCUGAAAAAAAUGAGACAACAAAAAACACAAUUUUUAGUUUAAUGGAGAAAGGUUAGUUUCUUUAAAAACUUUUUGAAUUAAUUAGGUACAUUGGUAACUACUAUUAACUUAGAUUCAUGAUUAGUAUAUCAGUUUUGUGCCAUUAUAAUUAAUUACAUUGUAUCUGAUCUCUGAUUAUAAAGAUUAUGGUUUAUUUUCAUCCCUUAAAACUUGAAGAAUUCCAGUAUAUGUAAGCAAGAAUGUCACCUCAGUGUUACAUGUUCAUUCAUUAUUUUCUUGUUAUUAUUGUUUUCUCUGCAGUUGAAAAAAGAAAACUUUUACUCUCUUGUGAAAAGAACAGGUGUGUAGAAGAGGAUCUUUUUUUAUAAUUUAUUUACAUGUAUUAUUCACAUUGAUUGUGUGGUAAAAUGAAUCAAUAUUUGUGCAUGACUCCCAUGAGGAUUGCUUUACCCAAGUGUGAUCUUACUUUUGUGAUAUAUAAUUUUAUUGGUUUGAGAUCCACAGUUGCCUAGCAACAAAGCAGCGAGUAAACAAACCGCCACAAACCUGGCUGGGUUGAUUUAGCGGCUACUUUAGAGGUUAAGAAAUGGUCUUUAGCAAUGAAUUUUGAAGGCAGUAUUACUUGAACGAGAAAGUGGAACCAUUAGCUUUUAAAUAUGAGCAAAUAUCGAGGUAAGAAAGCAUAUGUUUUGCAAUCCCACUUCGCAGACAAGUUACCAUAAUCAGCUUUAAUGGGCAUAUGUUGUUUAAAUGCAAUGAAAUGUGUUUAAGGUUGGGUUUUUACUGUCAAAGCACCGGUCAUUUUACUGAAACAUAUCUUUGAAUUUGUGUUCAAUACAGCACUUGCCAGUGGAAGUUCUAUGGGAAAGGCUUUAAGUAAAACAUUAUUAAUUUACAAAUUGGUUGUUCAUCCUUAAGUGGUAUAUGUGUAACCAAUUUCCCAACGAACAAGAUAUGCGGGGUUUGAUUCCUGGAAGAGCUUUUUUUUUUCCCUUCCUUUCUUUUUUUUGCUUGGGGAGCGGGGGGUGGGGUUGUUAUUGUACCUUUGUUUUGUUUGUUUAUAUAUUAGGGCCAUUUAUACGAGGAAAAAUAAGACGCGAACUGUACCAUUUAUACGAGCACGUCUUAUCUAAGACGAGAACAGCUCGUAUAAAUGGUUCGCGUCUUAUUUCUGUUCUUGACUCGUUUUCAUGUAAAUGUUGCCCGUAGCAACGGCAAUCCAACAUGGUGCGCCAAAAAUUAACGCAUGCAUACUAUGCGUUCGCGUCUUACCGGUAUUUAAGGUGCGAAGGUCAUUUAUACGCAGUUUUUCUCGUCUUAUCUAAGAACAGGUGUUAAGGGCUGUUCUAAAAUAAGACGCGUCUUAGCUAAGCCCUGUCUUGUUUUAGACGAAAUGUGCCGUUUAUACGAAAAGUUCGCGUCUUAUUUAAGACGCGUCCUAUGUAAGACGCGUCUUAUUUUUCCUCAAAUAAAUGGCCCUAUUGUGUAUUUUAUAUUUGUAUAUCUUCUUUUCCCUACUGGCCUCUUUCCUACUUUUUGUCAUUAACCCAAAGGCAACACAAGGCUCUGUGAUGUACAUUUUUGUGUUUUUUUUGGACUGCCUUAAUUGCUAGUACAGUAUUAAUUUCCGUAGCUUUUGUUUUUGACCUAAAAAGUUGUUUAUAAAAGUUGGCCCAUGAAUUUGACCAACAAUCACUGACAAAAUAAGUUAACACACUUGUCUUCAACAACCUUUCCAUUUUUGGCUACAUAUACGCUAUCUACAAGCAAGUUUCCCUCUCUCCCCCCAAGCAAUAUUGUGCCAUUGGUAUCAGGGGUGGUAUGGGUAGAGAGUGGGGUCUGAUGACAGGUAUGUCAACAAUUUUGUUGCUAAUUCUAAAGAUCUGUGCUUGCACCUUUUUUCCUUCCAAAUUUCCAGUGAUCUAGCUUAACAUCGGGGACCAACACAUGUUUCCUUGGUCUUUAAUAAUAGCUUGUUCUAUUUUUUAUUUCAGGUAUCUAUCAAGCCAGGUUCACCUUGAGUUGGCCUAUUUGUACCUCUACUAUUAUGAAUUUAAAAGAGCGAGGGUAAUCAAAGUUGUUGUUGUUGAUACUUGCUGAUUAUCUAAGAGAACUGAUAUUGACAGAGCUUUUAUUAUUUCUUAUUAAUGGUUUAAGUAGCGGUAUAUGUAUUUGAGAGAGAAAUAAACAAUGAUUUUAAUUUUGAGCUUUUGUUACUUCUUUGGUGUUGUCGAUGAUGCUUUGUAGCCCAGUUCAAAGAAAUAAGUUAAAGAUGAUGGUUCGAAAAUCCCUGACUUAAAUGAUGCUAACUCUGCUUGUAGUCCUGUUACUAAAUAAUACACAAUAUGUACAGGUAUUAUCAGUACUGGAUUCUAUGGUUCCAGAAAAUAUCCAUGCAGUCCACCCCCAACUCCACAUUUUGCAGGGUAGCAGGGGUCUCUAUAAACAUUUUUAAAAAAGUGUCUUCAUUAUUGUACACAUAAUUUUUUUGUGGGGGCAGGACUAGGGGGCAGUUUGUGAUCUGAUUGUAUAAAUUGUUUUUCUCUUAGUAAUUAAUAAUUUACUGGCCAGUAAUCAGACCCAAAAGUGGGAAAUGAGGUAGACUUUUGGCUCAUUAACUGGGAGUAUUGAUGAAGGUUUCCUUCUUAUAUUUCUCUCAUUUGCUUUAGUAAUGCUAAUUAUCAAAUAAAAAUACUAAAUCUUACUGAUUCUUUAUCCCCCCAUUAAUCCAUAGGAACAUUUCAGUGUAGCACAGUCCAAUUUAGGUUUGAAGGUUGAACUUUCAGGUAAAAUGUAUUUGUCAAAAUUUAAAAAUAUACAAAGAUUACAGAGUAUCAAUAGGCCCUUUGCAGUUGUUAUUCACAUGUACAUGUAUUACAAAACCGCCUUGCUGGAGAGCAAGAGGGCAUACUGUAUUUCGCGAACUGGACUGGACUGGACUGGACUUGUAAAACUCGGACUUGUAAAACGUGGACUAGUAAAACGCGGACUUGUAAAACACGGACUGGUAAAACGCGGACUUGUAAAACAAGAAGAGAAGUACGUACUUACAAAAGAAAUUACUAUUUCAAAGGGUAUACACCUUUUGUGUGUUUGUCUUAUCCCUGGCCAGUAGUAUGCAAGCUCCCUGCACUCCAAAAGGCAAUUUUUUUACUGCGGGAAUGACUAUGCUCCAAACCUAGGCCUAUUUAAGUCACAUUUUAUCAUGAGUAUAUGAACACAUUGAUACAUGUUGAAAAACUAGACAGUCCAUGUUGUACAGUUCACCAAAAGUAAUAAUAAAAAAUCAAAAAGCUUUUUGAGUGGAUGAGUUAACACCUAAGAAACAAAAAUCUUACUGAGGGCCACAAAAUAUAAAUAUUUAUUGUGUAUUAAAAAUGCACUAGGUACUCUUGGAAAAAGAACAAAGUUUCAGCAAAAAGAUGUCUCUCAGUUGUGUCUUCUGGUUGAAAAGAAAAGGACUUUAGGGGUAGGUUCAUUGCAUGUUUGCUCUCAGCUGUGACAACUGUGUAUAAUCAUUUGCUGUACUAUAGCUAACUAUUGAGGGGUACAUGUAUAUGGAUUUAAACAAUUUCAUUGUUUUAUAAUAGACUACAGCUGUAUGUUACAUCAUCAGGGUUUUGAGUGAAAUGGAUUUAAAGUUAUGUAACUACUGGUGACAUUUUUUUAUAAUAAUAAUGUUUUCAUUGAUUAUAACAUAAAUUGUAUAUGUUAAGGUCAAAAUUAAGCUUCUAAGGUCAAAUUUUUUUUAACCUAGGUUGAUUCUCAAUUUUCUUUGUAUCCUAGCCCUACAAAUUGUAAUUCAUGAAUAAUAAACUGUUAUUAUUAGGGCUGAGACAAAGGAAAUUAAAAUCAACCUAGGUUAAAAACUUUUAACCUGAAUUUAAUUUUGACCUGUAACAUAUACAUGUAGUAAACAGAGCUUUGGAUAAUUGCAUAUUAAUUUUUAUAUACAUUCUGUUUGUUUUUUAACUUUUAUCAUUCCAUCAGAUGAUAAAAGUAUUACUUUAGAAUGUUUUUAGUCGAUAUUCAUUUUAACUCCAUUUCCAUCAUCUAGCUGAACCACUUGAAGAACCUGAUCAACCACAAAACAUGCCAACGGUAAUUUUUUAAAAUAAUUUUAUGAAAGUUUUACAUUUUAUUGUCAAUUAAAUCAAUUUGUUUUCUGUUGUUGGUUAGUUUUUUAGCUCCCCCCUCCCAUGCCAGAAAUGUAUUAAUGUACCCUUUAGAUAAUAGUCCCUGCAAAAACUGUUUAUAAUGUGUCAUGUUUGCAUUGAUUUACUUUCUUGUAGGAUGUGAUGCUUAAUGAUGAUACUCUACUGCAAAAAGUCAAAUUCCAAGAUGUGAAUUUUCAAGAAAGCAAUGAACCUCUCAGUGCAUUUGAUCAAGCUGUCAUCCUGGGAUUGACGUAAGACAUUAGCUGCUGGUCAUUUUUUUGGGCAACUUGAAUAACAAUUUCUUCAGAGGCAGCUCAAACUCUGCAUUUAGUGUAGUCAGUAAUACAUUGAUAAUAGCUUUGUACACUUAGCUUACACUGUAUGUCUGUCUGAAGUUAGCGGAAUUUAUUUUGUGAUGUUAAAAUGUGAGAGUGAAGUAAGCCCUGGAGAGUGCGUCAGCUUUAAACAUGAAGACAAAAUGUUUCAAAAAUUAAUUAAUUUUAGUCUUUUUAUAGUCAGCCAAGAUGAGGUGAUUUUUUUUUGCAUUUCUUCUGCAAAUGCUAUAAAGUUUGUGCUAUUGUAAUACUAUUUAAGUACACAAAAUAAUGCUGAGGUUGCAAUUUUUCUGCCUAAUUUUGGACAUUAACACAUUUUUUGACUACCUUGUAGGGAAUUAUAUACUUUUUUUUCAUCAUUUUUUGUAGUGUUGAAAGUCAAAAGAGCCAGGCCUGCCACAGACUAAAUACAGAGGAACUGCUGGCAUACCUAGAGGUUCAGUAAUUUUAAUGUUAAUAUUUUAUCGGCCAUGUUACAGUCAAACCAGGUCAAGCGUUCCCGUCGCUAACAAACUAAUGAAUUCAUUAAUGGAAAAAUGAUUUCGUUUGUUGAUUCAAUAAUCCAUUCAUAAAAUGAAUAAUCCAACGGUCAAAUUGUACCUCGAUUCAAUAAUCAAAUGUUGAUUUGGUUUAUGAACAAAAUCUACCUGUUCUUUAUUCUUGUCCGUUGUGUUCAAUCGUAUUUGCUUCCCUUUUCCUGCCGUUUACGAUUGCGUUUUUCAUUGCCUUUAAUCAAAAUAACAGCUAGAAUAGACAGACCGCAAACGCAAAGAAACUGACAAAGGCCGAGGAUCGAAAUCCACCAAUCAUAGGCGUACGGGAAAUUUUUUGCCAGGGGGGGCGGUAAACCAUUUGCCCAAAAAAUUCACGGAAGUUGCCCAAAAAUUUACGAAAGAGUCGAAAAGAAAUGAGAGCCAUAUCGCAACAACACAGGCCGUCCUGGCAUAUGAAGGGGGCUCGAUACGGUUUUUCAGGGUCAAUACGAAGUCUUAGCAUAAACUACGUCGCCAUAAACAAACAUUUGGAAAAAUUGCGACCACAGUUGUAUUAAGAUGAAAAUUUGUCAUCAUCAGGGUUGCAACGACAUCGGAGUUGUCAUAGCAACGAAAUGACUCCCCCCCCAAUUCACGACUGGAAAUAGCCCAUUCCAGCUAGUGCAGUGCAGUAUAGUGCCCAACAAAAAACUGCAAAUAUGUAAAUUACUCAUCACAUGCUAGGCAACCACUGUAAUGUAACUGGAUUAUUACGCCGACUUCAGGUUAAUAUUCAGGUCUUUAAAAUAAUUAAAUAAACAUGGAGACCUCUUUAAAAACUGAAUUUUCUCUCGCUGCCCAAAAAAUCUGAGUUGCCCAAAAUUUGGGGGGGGCUGCAGCCCCCCUCACCCCCCCGGCCCGUACACCUAUGCCACCAAUCAUUGCACACACACUGACCUCAGUUUGACCGUCGUGUUUUCUAAGAGGUCAGGCCUAGGUCUGUUGCACUGAUUACUGGCAGCAAACUGGCGUACAUGUAACAGUUUGUUUGGGUUUGAACUUCAGAACUCGCCAGCACUCGACUCUCAGAAAAAAAAAGAGGAAAAACCAAAAUUCUGAGGUCAACUUGUGGAAAGUGUAAUUUUUCAAAAAACAGUAAUCGAAUCAACAUUCGAUUAUGGAAUCGAGGCUAAAUAUGACUAUUGGAUUGUUCAUUUUAUGAAUGGAUUAUUGAAUCAACAAACGAAAUCAUUUUUCCGUGAAUGAAUUCAUUAGUUCGUUAGCGACGGGAACGCUUGACCUGGUUUGACUGUAAGAUAAUUAAAUAACCGCAUUAAAACUCAAUUAUUAGAACCACAAGUCACAUGCAAUAGGUUUCACUACAAAGUCUUGAAACAAUAUCAUUGAAGUGAUAAUAUGAAGAUGUUUCUUUGGAAAACUCUGUGGCAUGUACAUGUAUAACAAAAAAGAAAAGAAAAUCAUGCAGACAAAAGUAUGUUACUUAAUAGAGUAUUUUCCUUACAUUGGUCUGUGCUUACAUAAUUGGUUACCAAAGCAAGUUAGUGGAAUGGGUUUGCCAUCUCUCCAGCUAAAAAGAAUAGAUGGAUUUUUGCUGUAACAUUUCUUUUUCAAACCUACACCCUGAAUAGAAACAUUAAUUUUGGCUCACUUGAAUCAAAUUGUUCUAUGUCACAUGCAUUUUAAAGUUCCUGCUUUGCAUGAUCUAAUGAAACACGUUUUGCUGGAUUAAAAUGCAUGUAAUUAUGGCACAUUAAGAUACAGAUUCAUAUCUUUGUGUAAAGUAAUGAUUAUGAUACAACAAAUGACUGUUAUUUUAUAUUAUUAGGUGAUUACAAGUCAACCCAAAUCUUGGUGUGUUCAAAUGAUGGCAUUACUGAUGAGAAGCAGAUUGGAAAAGGACUCAAGAAGGAAGAUGGAGCGAUCCAUGAUGCAGCUACAGGUAUAUGAUGUAUAAUUGACUGCAUUUUUAUACAUUUGGAGUUUGAGGUGACCUGAUAAAGAGAACUGUUUAAGUGCCAACAGUUGUAUUGCUGAUUUUAUAGUAGCUGUAUUGUUAGUUUGGGACAAUGUUUUUUUUUUCAAAAGUAGUUUGAGUUUGAUUGUCCGAGUGAACGUAGUAGUGAAUAGGACUGUUGUUGUUGACAGUGACUGACGUUUCGACAACCUGUGCGGUAGUCAUCUUCAGACUCAAAGUGAGUUGUAUCACAUCAGUUGAUGGUAUUAUACUCUGGUUAUUGAUCUGAUUGGUCAAUUACGUUGCGAUGUUAUUGGUCGCCUGUCAGUUAAGCCGUGAUGUCAUUGGCUAUGAAGACUCGUAAUCAGUAAUUGGUGCGUUUCGAUCCGUCUGUUGUCACAGUUCAACAGUCGUCUGUUGUUAGUCAAAUUGUCAGUUCUCCAGUCGUUCUCUCGUAGUUAGUUUUGCUUGAUCUCGUCAAUAAGUCGUUUGUACGGCGCUGGUAACUGUUGGUUUUUUUAUUUUUUACUUUUUUACAGGCUUUGGUAGAUUCAAUUGAAAAUCCAUCCCCAAAGGUGCAGUAUAAGGUUCUUCUUUGACUAGGAUAUAAAUAUAAAUAAUGGAUCCUGUUGAGACCUUUCUGGUCAGUUCCGCUCUGGUAAGCGUACAUAAACAAUGAAAGUCACGGCUUGGGUGGACAAUAUUCAGACAAAUCACUGUAUUUUGUUCCCCCCAAUCCUGGUUGUUUCUUGGUGUUGUGGAAACCAUUGUUGGUUUGCGGUUGUGUUGUGAUGUGAGUAUUAUUGGACGUUUCUUUUCAAUCUUUUGUAUUACAUCCUUUGGUGAUUGCCCCUGUCCGCAGAACCAAGAAACUAGACCAAUCCUUGAGUUGUACCUUUGAUCACAGGAAUGCAGUGACGGUUUAAUUUAAAAUUAUGCAUAAACAAAGGAAGCUUCCUUCAUUUUUUCACUUUUUCCUGGUGUAGGGUGAAAUGCACUCAGUCUGUCGUAAAUAACGAUUUUUUAACGAACUUUUUAGGCAGCUGAGAGGCAAGCAUUAUUUUACUCUGUACCCCUUCCACCAAAGUGGACCAUUCAGGUAGGGUAUAUGGAAGCAUAAACGUUGAUCAGAUCGUGCAUGAGGAGGGCUUCAUUCUCGAGCUUAAAUUGGGUCUGUUCAGAAGAGUUUCAUCGUAUGGUAGCAGAAUAGCCGUUUAAGACCUGGCCAGUUAUUUUUAUUUGCCAUUAAUGCAAAGGUGUUCUUUGGAUUUCUUUCAAAUGGCGUUCCUAGGAAAAAAUACGUUGAUGUUCCAUUGUGUAAUGAAUCAUUAACGUGUUUAUUGUUCAAUGAGAAUCGAGUGAAUAAUAAUGCUUUUAGCUCGUUCGUGCAUGUUUUGUCUGUUCGUAAAUUGAAAAGGCUCAUAAAUCAAUAUCAGACUCGACGUUCUCUUUUGAAAAGGUUCUUUUUAGAAGACGAGUGUGUCUGAUAAUCGAUGACUAACGACUUACCAUAGUUUAUGAGAAGUAACCAUAGUUUAUAAGUGCUAUUGAUUUUAUUUGUAGAGAGAUUUAGCCAACUUGCUGUUUCAAAUGGGUGUAGUCAAGGGUGCUUUGGAGAUUUUUGAGCGGAUCAACUCCUGGGAGGAUGUGGUAACCUGUUAUCAAAGUUUAGGAUGGUAUGCUAAGGUUAGUGGAGACUGAUACAGAAUUUCUUAAACUAUUUGAAUUUCAUACUAAGAAUUAAAAUGAAGCAUUCAAUAAACUUACGUUCCGUCUGUUUGUCAAGACGGCUGGCAAUUUGCCUCGUUCUUUUUUUGCGUUUUUAUUGACCUCGACUCCAUCUCCGUCCAUUAAAACGCAAAAAAGAACUUGGCCCGCAAUAUAAUAUCCAGCCAUCUUGACCGGUGAACGAGCUUGGUCUGAUUGGUCAAUAAUUCUUAUGUACAGACAUCGAACUAAUUUUGGCACGAUGAAUAAUUCUCAGUACAGUGGAACCCCGUUAAAACGGUCACCAAUGGGCCCCCCAAAAUGUGGCCGUAUUACCGGGGCAGGUUCAAAUUUAAUGACUUCUUGAACAAUAACCGGAAUGUAGAUAUCGCGUGCAGUAAUUGUAAAAACUACUGGUAAUCUUCCUUUAGCACAUAAAACACGUUUAAAAAUUGGCUAUUAAACAGCCUUAAAUGCAUUUUAAGUGUGCUGUGGUCUAAAAACAAUACAAGAACUAGCCUGAGAUCAUGCCCUCUCCCUAUUAUCCCUUUAUGUCUCUCACGGGAAGAGGGCAUGAUACAUUUCUUUGUCGGAUCACAUGUAAAAAUGCCAGAAUCUGGACUUUUUUCUGAUUGGAUAGGAAACAAUGCGGAUGAUUUGCGCUGUUCCGAUUGGCCAAAAUGACGCCAUCCGUUAGUUGUUGUUGAUUUCAGUCUGCAUUUUUGCUUGCGUAAUAAGCAGUGAAUACACACGCGAGUUCGUUAUGAAAUUUCUGCCCGCUCAGUUUUCUUGAAUUUGAAGAAUGCCUAAAUAGAAGUUUCAUCCAUUGAAAUAUUUACCAUCUCAACGUAUACCAAAACAGUUGCAGUCAAAACUUCACCGAUCAUUUGAAUGCAAUUUGAUACCGGCUACAAGUUACAGAAGCGACAAACGGGUUCACUUUUCAAAUAAUCAAUUCAUGAAUGGAAUCUUGACCUGGUUUGACUGUAUUUCCUCCUUCAGAAAUCAUGCUGCGAAUUAUUCUGAGCGAUCUUCGCUUUCACAACACCUUUCAGUUCGUGAAAUAUGAUGCUUCAGCCUAAUUUUUUUUCCACUGCUUUCGUAGUACAGAACGAAGUCAACGAGCUUUAACCAGUAAAUUCUUUAUUAUUUGUAGCUAUUCACAAAGGUACGACAGCUCCAGCUAGCAGUAUUUCAUCACAAAAACAACACAUUAAUUUUUUUUUUAUUUUUUACGAAGCGCCAUCUGAACACGGACGUACUUAAAAAAUUUUUUUCCCCUAAAACUGAUCAUGAUUUCAAAAGAUCGCGCCAAAAUUUGAUUCCCGUUUGGUAAACGCUUAUUGGCUAAAAACAUGACAGGUCAAGCAAACGGUAGAUCAUGUAAAUUAGGGGGCGGUUGACUGCUUGUUAAAUAAAUGUAUCAGGCGUUAUUUUUUUUUCCCUCUCGAGCCAAAGAAGCCAAAAAAAAAAAAAAAGAUGCCUGAUCUCAGGUUAUACAAGAACAUGCCCAGCUUACUAGGUCAAGGAAAUGGCAUGUCACAGACAUCUUAAUUUUUUAAAUUUCGAACGAGUGGCCGUAUUAACGAGGUGAUAUUAUAGAUGAUUCUACUGUCUGGGAUUUUUAAAAUGUGGCUGUUGAUCGUAUUAAAGGCUGACCGCAUUAACGAGGGUUUUUAAAAGGAAAUGUAUGGCCAUUUUGCCUGGCUAAAAAAACGGUGGCCGUCAUAACGAGGUGAUGGUAUUACCGAGGUGGCCGUAAGGCGGGGUUCCUCUUUACAAGCAAAAUGUGUGCAAGGCUUUCGGAAAAGGCGAUAGCCGUGGUCUGCAUCGCGGAGCGUGAAAUCGUGCGAGCGGGAUGACCGCUGUGCACGAAGUGUGUGAAAGGUUAGCGUAAUCUCCCUUCCCCGUAUCCGGUCGGGUCCCCCCUGUAACCGCGAAGGAUUUUGAGAACGUCUAAACAGAAUCAAGAGGACAAGAGUGUUCAGGGUGAACUAGUGUUCCUAGCCCGCUGUUAAAAUAGUGAAGAAAUAAACAACAACAACAAGAAAUAGUUAUUGUGAACUUUCUGUGUCCGACAUGUUCUCAUGCUUACGAGGUUUUGUUUUACAGGCAGAAAACCUCUUACGGGAACAGCUGAAGAUAAAUGAAAGUGCACUUCUGUGGUGUUUGUUAGGUGAUACAUUAAAGGUACACUGAAUUAUUGUUGUAACGUAUGAGGUUUCAACUUUAAGCAGAGUGCAAACCGGUACGGAUGUUCGGAUAUCCCUAACUUUAAGAUUUGAGUUUAGUAUCUCCCUAUUAAAAAGCCUAUUCUUAUGUUUCUGAUUUACUCGGAUAGGCUAGUGGUUUGUUUAUUUUAAUUAAUUUUUUUUUGACAAAAAUACGUAUUUAUUUCUUUAGGAUGCUUCUUGUUAUGAGAAAGCCUGGGAAAUAUCAGGGCAUCGCAGCUCCAGAGCGCAAAGAUCCCUGGGAUUCAUCCACUUGAGAAAUAAAGAGGUCGGUGAGAAUGCUCUUCCUUGUUUCCGUCAUUCCUCAGAAGUUCUUUCAUAAAGCUUUCAUACGCAAGAUGAAUACUCGAGUUAAAAUAGUUCCAUGAAAAUCAUUUCACUCCAAAAUUCUCUGUCUUUUUAGAGCUCAUUUUAAGAAUUACAAGCCAGCUGUCGAGUAGGAUUUACCCUUUUUUUAGUGGUCAGGGCUGACCAAGUUUUUAUCGUGUCACUUUGUGGAAAGAAAGUUUUGUCUUGAGCAAUUUCUUCAUCUAUUUACGAAGCAGUUUAUUGUUUUCUCGAGUUUCUGUUAAGUUAAAGUAUUUUUGACAUGAAUGAGAAAGAAUUGGCCCAAUUGUUUUGCUUUUCUAGUACGCCAAAUCAAUACCUUGCUUUCAAAAGUCACUGGAAAUCAACUCUUUACAGGUAGGACACGCGAAAACUUAGUCUACUUUUAUUUGUAUUACAUUGAACGAUAAGAGUGAGCUUAAUUAAUAACCGGUUCAGUUUGAGAACAAUUUACUCUCAGUUUAGUUAUACCGUUUAAGAUUCAUUGUGUUGUAAUAUGGCCGGUGAAAAAUCUUUCUUAAAAAGGUAAGAUUGAUAAAUUUAUACGGUAUUGCACGUACCAUAGUUAUUAAAGUGGAAUUGUUAUGAAACACGUUAGACUCCUUUGUUAUAUGUUUUUGUUAGCUUUUUUGAACCUGACUGUACAACGUUCAAUAGAAUUCCUAUCAUUUCUGACUAAAAAGAGAACAUUGAUUUAUUUAUUUGUCAACAAAAAAAAAAAUUAUGCACUGUGAGGGAGCUUCCAAGUAAACUGACAUCGAUACAUUGUAAAUUGAUCUUAUUCAGUCAGGGCUUUUCAGGGAUAAUUUACAAGACUGGUUCGGGGACCAGACUGCUUAAAAAAAUAUGAAAAUGGAUUGAUGCACGGUGAAAGUGGAGCUUACACGGGCAACGUAAACUGGGUUCUUUAAGUGCCAGGUUGUUUUCAACUUGAUGUUUGCCAGCCUUCAUAACCAGUCUCCUGUAUUUAAAACUAGUGUUGGUCCGGCCGGGGUUUGAACCCACGACCUCCCGCUACAGACCGGUUGCGACAAUCAGAAAAACUUAAUCAGAAUAUCUUUGAAAGGUAUAGCAGUCCACAGAGUAUUACUCAACCACGGUAUCCUUUAAAAUCUACGACAAAUGAAAAUUAUUGCGUUUAAACACUUGAUACAGAUUCCGUUUCAUCAUGCCAUGUAGAUUCAGUUGAAACAGUCUCCUCUCGACGUUCUAAACCGGUGGUUUAGAAUUUAAAAAAUAAGUUGUCCUAAUGUUUGUUGGUUACUCUGUGGUAACCUGCGAUCUAUUUGGAGGAAGUAGCAAAACACGGACAACUGUAGUAGGUUCUUACCAUGGAAGCUAACAUUUUAAUUCUCUAUUUUGAGGGUCUGUUGAAGCUGAUUCACUAGAUAACCUGCACUGUAAAAAUUCAUCAUGUAUUUUCUAGGAAGGAGUGUGGUUCUCGCUUGGAUGUGCGGGACUGGCGACAAAUGAUUUGGAAAUUUGUGCGAAGGCUUUUCAUCGCUGUGUUUCCAUCGACAGUCAGGUUUGAUAGAAUUUCGUGUUGUGGUCCUCUUAAACCCUUUCAGUUCUAAUAGUGACAUAAGAAACCAAAAAAAAAACCACUUUUUUUGUAAAAUCCUGAGAAAUAGCGAGCAUUGUGAACACUAUUGGAUUUUGUCUACAGACUUUAUAGAAGUUAGACGUGGUAAAAAAAACAACAAAAAGGCACAAGCCUCUUGAAUCUCACUGUUUUGAUCAGUUAAAGAAUAACAGUCAACCACUCCAUUUGUCAUUAUAAAUGCGAUUGUUUGAGAGUUUGACCUUUUCACCAAUGCGUUGAUCACCGAUAUGGGAGAGAUAUUGUCAUAUGACAUUGCCUAGUAAUUCUAUCAAAUUUUCUGAUUAUGGCGUGUUCAUAUGUGUACGUUACUCCAACAGAACGCGGAAGCUUGGAAUAAUCUCUCUCAUGUUUACAUCAAAAAUGGUCAAAAGUGAGUAAACAAUUGAUAGUUUGAGUAGUGAUUCCUGGUGAAGAGCUGAGACGGGAUAAAUAUUCAGUUUGUCGCAGGUGUGGAGUAAAGAUAAAAUGUCUGGCAAAGGUUGUAUUCGAACCAUUGACCGUUGCAACCACGGUCAUGAAGCCUGCUCUAACCACUGAGCUCCUUUAGGACUCAUGGGCCAGUUUGGUUAUUUUCGUUAGGUUAGUUUUAACAUGUGGUCUGGCUAUCAUGUGCUUGGAUUAUUUAUUUUUUAAGUCCUCCGCUGUGAUAGAACUACCAGUAACCAGGGCAUGUUCGCCACGUGUCACCACCAAGAGCAAAAGAGCUUUCAUUGGCUUCCCAUAAGUCUCCCGGUUUUCUUAUGGGAGAAAAAAGAAGAGUGAAACGAUCUGAUUCCUGGGAAGCUUUGGAGGAGAAAAGUUCAAAGAAACAUUCGUGUGAAAAAACGUUUUUUUUUUCUAUUUUGUUCGUCACGUAGGUCACGUGCACACCUUACCCUCCAGGAAGCUCUGAAAGGAAAUUAUGAGAGUUGGCACAUUUGGGAAAACUACUUAGUGGUGAGUACAUUGGUGGACUGGCAAUAGUGUGUCUUGAAACCAUGUGGUAGAUUGGUAAAGGUGAUGGUUGUGUAAAUCUCACUCGUACCCAGUCGACUCUCUCACUGUGUUAAUUCAGGUGCAAAGGACGGUGGGACGGGAAAAGUUUGCCUUCCGACAAUCAGUCAUUCACCUCGUCUCGCGCGAUCUCUCGAAGGAUUUGUGAAGGCGUCUGAAUGAUGAUGAUAAUAAAGUCUCAUGUAGAGCUAAUAAACUGAAAAAACAUUUCACUUUUUCAAAAGAAAUUUUCCGUCACUAAUUAGAAAUGAUUUUUUCCAAUGCUUGUACAAUGUUUGUCCUGAUACUUUUGUCUUCAAAAAGUGCGGUGUCAACUUUGAUUUCUUGAACCGUUUGAAUAAGGUGUUCUUCUUCCUCUGUGUCUUCUCCACAGAAAGGAGACAUCUCCUACCUUACGUUGGCAAAUUCAUUUGAACUCCCCUGCUUUAUUCUUAAAACUGCAGGCCAGUUGUUUUUUACUCAGCUGGUUUGGCGAGAUAUAUAUAGUUUGAGUGUCAAUGUAUUUAGCACGAGAAUACUAAUCGGGGACACUAUAUUUACUUCUCCAACAAGAGACGGGACCGUUAUUUAACGUGGUCAUCCGAGCCACGCGAAGUUCCAGCCUCUUGCAAAGGGAGUAGUAUCCUCAUUUCUCAGUUAUUUUAAGACUCUGAGUAUUGGUCCGGCCCCGGGAAUCGAAUCCACGACCUCCCACUCGGCAGUCAGGCGCUCUACCGACUGAACUAAUCCUGCCGCGGGUAGGUUUUGAUAAAUUAAUUGUUUGUUUGUUUGUUUUUUUUUUGUUUGCUAGGUCAGUGUUGACGUAGGGGCUUUCAAUGAUGCCAUAAACGCGUUUCAUCGGAUGAUGGACUUGCGUGACAAGUACUGUGAUACAGAGGUAAGCGGUUUACAUUUCUUUCCUUUAGUACGAUGAUAUGAUCGAUAUGAUAUCCAUGUUUUAAAUUUUUUUUCCGGAACCUUUAGUAGUGAGUUUUGAAAUGUAAAUCAAGAUAUGAUAUCCAUGUCGAAUAAUUGGGACAUUCAAAAAAGACAUCACGUCUUUAUCACAUUUUUGUAAAAGGUAAAAAUAAAAAUGUUCUAGAAGUUUUAAAACGAAAUAUAUUUUGCUCUUUGAGUCUGACAAUAAAAGUAAAACUAAAAGUUCAAAAUGUAAAAAAGAAAUAUGCCAGGAGAUAAAAAUAAAAAGGGUUACAAAAGAAGUUUUCUAGAAAGUUAACUUUUUCUGUAAAGAUAAGCAAAACUAAUUUGAUUCUCAAAAUACGUGUUAUGGCUUUAGAUUUUAGGGAUUCUUGUAAAAGCGGUGAGUCAAGGACUGUUGGACUGCAAUCAGAAGCCAGGUACCUGAAAAUCUUUUGAAUUAUUAAUGUAAGCACAUCCACGAAGUGGUUCUUCGUCUACAUGAUUCCUGGUCGAAAAGGAAUUUGAAAAUGUUGGUUUCUGAGGAGACGGGAAAACCGGAGUACCCGGAGAAAAACCUCUCAGAGCAAAGGAGAGAACCAACAACAAACUCAACCCACAUAUGGCGUCGACGCCGAGAUUUGAACGCAGGUCACAUUGGUGGCAGGCGAGUGCUCUCACCACUGGGCGGGCCACCCUUGCUCCUAACUGCUACUGAUAAAUGUUGAAAUCCAACUUGUUGCCGUAAACAUAUAGAUGAAAAUUACUGAUUGCAAUAGUUAUUUUUCAAAAAAGGUGAAUUGCUGCUUUGUAUAUAUUUCCAUCAAAGCCUAGUGCCAUCGAUGGAACUGGUUUUAAUGAUGUCAGUUUCACUAGAGGAUUUCUGUUUUUCAUUUACAGCUUCAGUUCUGAAACCUAACCUUCUUAAGUUAAUGGGAAGGCUUACAUCUCAGGUAAGUGAGUUCUGUGCACGAAAUGACUUUUCUACAUUCAUAUAUAUAUAUAGUAACAGUUAAUUAUUCGUUUACGUUUGUUGGUAGGCUUGAACCUGAAGAAAUAUGAUAGCCCUUGUCCUUCCAAUACAAAAAAAAACGUAGCAAUGAGUGGAGCUGCUCUUCAAAUAAUAGUUAUAAUAUGAUGCUUUUAUUACCAUAGAAUCUGCUCGUAACCUCCAAAUUGGUUAACAAAAGAAUCUAACUAAACGUCAACCACUUCAGAGAUAAAGUUUUUUUUAGAAAUAAGCUGAUCAUCAUAUAGCUACUGUGAUCUGUCUGAUCUGUUAAGGUAACGAACAACCCUGAUGUAUGGAAGUUAUACUCGGACCUAUAUUGGAAUGGUGGAUCACAAGAGGAGAAAGAAAAGGUCUGGACUGAUUUGCCGAUUAAAUGUACACUUAUACUUUCUCUCGCUUUAGUGACUUUGCGAGAUUGAGAUCGGGGUUUUCGAGGGAUUGCUUAGACUUUUCCAGUGCACAAAAACUGUCCUUCACUCAGCAAACGUUUCGUCAUUCGCUUGCACAUCACUGAAGGAUCCCACCCGACUCGUUCAUAGUCUUUUCACGCUAUUUGCGUCACCAAAAUGUCCUUGCAAAAUUUAGUUCAAGUUAGAAUGAAGCGCUUUCAUUUGAAGUAGAUUGGCGGAGAAAAGGAAAGUAUACGUGAAAAGGAAACUUAAAACCGGUGAUUGACUUUUCAAUUUUAUAGGAUAAAUAACUGCAAAAUUUCUAGGAUAGGUAGGACAAAACAGUAAAUGGGGUGAAAAUUAGUUAUCAAACGAAAGAAAUACAAAUCGGUGUUUGAAAACUGGGAAGUUGGUUGGUGUUUGCUCAACCUCUUGAGGUGUCAGCUCAAGCAUUUUUGCGACUUUUCCUUUUUUCUCCUUUGAAAAUGACUUACCAAUUUUUGUUGCACCCACAGUCUUCGUUGCUUCCAACUCAGGAAAAAAGUAUUGAGAUUGGACGCUACCUCGUAUCAGAGCUCAGAUAGAACUGUCCAGCACCUUUGUUUAUGACUACAAAAUGAGCACGAGCGGCAGUUCUGCGAGGAAUUCGCACCUCACCCAGGGGAGAACGACAAUGAUGACCAUGCCUGUGAACCGAAUAACAUCACAGUGCAAAAUAAAAUUAUCGCAAAAAUACUGCCCGUGAAUAAAUUUACAACUCUGAAAGUUUUGUCACUCCUUCCUUCAAUGAAUGGGUAUUUUUUUUCUUGAUUAUUAUGUUUUGCUCUGCAAUACAUGUUUAUACAGAUCUGUUCACAGACAUGGGCAUCAUUGUCAUUCUUCCCCCCUCGCUGAGGUGCGAAUUCCUCGCAGAGUUGCCGCUCGUGCUCAUUUUCUGGUCAUAAACAAAGGUGCUCGACAGUUCUGUCUGAGCUUCGAUACAAGGUAGCUUACAAUCCCAAUACCUUUUUCCUGAAUUGGAAACAACGUACAGCAGGAAAAGCCGUUGAGGAUGCAUUGCAAUACAUCAAAAUGUAUGUAGCAGGAGUUUGAACCAAAACUGCCAAGGGAUAUUUUAAAAAUGUCGAGGAACAAGUCAUUCGACGUCAGUGCAAAGUUUGGAGCAAUUUAUAGUGCUUCUAAAACUGAAAAAUAUCCUCUAAAGAAUAGCACGAGAGGCAAUCGGCUUCUGUUUUAAGAAUUAGCAAACACUGAAUUUACUUGUCCCGAAAAUUGAAAGAGGUGUCUCCUUCUUCCUGAUAGUAAUUUAUUUUUGAAAUUCCAAAACAAUUUCACAGCUGAAUUUUGAGCGACUUUUAGUUACGGAUUUCUGCUCCAACGAUUUUUCUCAAAUUCCUCUGGCAUAUUUAUUAUAUCAAUUGAAGCCGAUACCAAAUUUCAGUAAAAAAUAUCAGCAAAAUUUUUUACUAGACGCAAUUUUCUUUGAACAGUAGGGUCCUUUUAAGCGCUAAUUUCUCAAGAAAUAUUUACCAUCAAUGAAAUCGGAAUAUUUCGUAUUAUUGCCGAAUGAUAUCUGUUGUUCUUUGCAAAGUUUCGCAGCCAUCGCGUUAAAAUCGAAAAAGUUAUGACGGAAAAUUUGUCACAGCUAAAUGCUCUUGUAUUAAUUACGGAGCCACCUUAAGCAAUUCAUUUCUUGGAUUAAUUUCAGGCGCUUCAUUUUUUGGUGAAGGCCCAGAGAACUAAGACCCAGGCUACAGGCUGGGAGAAUGACGUCACUGAGUUCAAGGACGUUAUAGCGUUGACUGUUCAUCUUAGUGACGGUAAGAUUCCACACCACUGCUGUGAUUACUACUGGUACGGUUACGAAUCCUAUUGGAGACGGGACGGCCAAUUUACGUGGGUCGGCUCCGAGCCACGCAAAGGUCUGGCGGUUCAUUUUUCAGUUAUUUUCAGACCUUGAGUAUUGGUCGGUUCCCAGACCAAUACGCAGGGUCAAUAGGCUUUAUUACGGUUUUGGAAGCAAUCUUUAUGAGAAUCUUGUGUCGAAUAAUUUUAAAACGGCUGUUCUGAAAAGAAAUGUGUAUUGUUAACUUAAUCUUCACAGCAAAGGCUUGUAGUAACAAAUUGGGGCCGCACCUGUGGUUAAAUUUUCCCGGUCUCUUGUUGUAGAUUUUCUAGGGAUUUUCCAUACAUUUGUCUGCAAUUUUCCCGGGAAAUUGAAGUCGGCAGGAAUCAAGAAAAAUAUUUACACACAACUGUACUGAAAAUUAACGGGUUUUAGCGUAGGUAAGGCCCUCACAUUUAGUCAGUAGAAUCCUUUUUUGUCAGUGUAGUUUUAAUUUACAAUUCAUUUUUUUUUUUCAAAACAGCCGUUUUACAAAAAUCAUCGGACGUUAGACUCUCAUACGGACACUGUAAUUUCUCACGCGGUUGCCUGCCCGUCAAGAUGGCUUCCAAAACCGUGAUAAGGUGUAUUGAGAAAGGUUAUCAAACUGAGGAGGUCUUUGAUCGCGGAUUCAGCUCUAUACACAAGCCGGUAAAUUAUCUGCACUGUCCUGCCUGUUCCUUUCCAGUGGAUCAGUGAUCUUUUGAUAUAUUCAUUCUUACAGUUUACGUAGAAGUAAGUCAGUGCAAAGAUAACAAGACUGAAUCACUUCAGCUUCUGUCAUCAGCCAAGCUUGUCCUUAAACAGUUGAUCACGAGAGCCAAGGUAAGUCAGUAAAGUACAAGGAAACCCCUUUUUGCUUUAUAUAAGGGUAAUAAGGCAUCACGAAACUGUAUCCCUAAUCGUUCAUUACGGUGUAUACUGGUGAUUUAUUGAUAUAUUUUGUAUUCUUAUUAUUACAGAAACACCAUACCGACUCAUUAACUGGAAAUAUUCAUCCAGAGCUUUCACAAUCCAUCACAGACCUGGAUAACAGUCUUCAGAGAAUUACGGACUUAAUUUCAAGCGCGAAGAGUUAA